AUGACAAGGAGGAUUGAGACUUUCUCAGCUUUUACUUCGACUAAAAAGAAACCAGUACGAUACGAAAAAGAAGAUAUGAAAUACAUAGACGAAGACAACGACGUGGAAAUGAUGGAUUUAAGUGGAACUAAUGCUACUACACUAACUUUUACUCGUGGCAAUCAUGAACAAACCGCUACCGAAUACACGGAUGACGACGUAGAAACCGGAGCAUCGAAAUGUGUGGAAAAUUCUCGACUUGGUUUCUUUGAUGACUGGAACGAAGUAAGCAUUUUCAUUCGUGGUUUCUUGAUCAUUUCCCAAUUUUCAUUGGUUUCGUUCGUUUUUCCACAUCGACGAGAGAUGAUCCCCAACGGGAGAAUUUAG